AUAUUUUUUAUUAUUAUUAUUUGGGGGGGUCAACGUUUUUGGAUUUUUUUUUUUUCCCCCCCCUCCUUCGCCUCGGUGGAAAACACACGUUUUAGAACAAAAUACCAAAAAAAAACCAACCAACCACCACCACCCCCCCCCUCAGCUCUUUGCUUUUCGCAGCAACUUGGAAGCCCGUUAAUUGCACUUGGCUAUGGAUGAGUUCCACCCCUUCAUCGAGGCGCUGCUCCCCCACGUCCGGGCCUUCGCCUACACCUGGUUCAACCUGCAGGCCCGCAAGCGCAAGUACUUCAAGAAGCACGAGAAGAGGAUGACGAAGGAUGAGGAGAGGGCGGUGAAGGACGAGCUGCUGAGCGAGAAGCCGGAGGUGAAGCAGAAAUGGGCCUCGCGCCUCCUGGCCAAGCUGCGCAAGGACAUCCGGCCCGAGUGCCGCGAGGACUUCGUGCUCUCCAUCACGGGCAAGAAGCCCUCGUGCUGCGUCCUCUCCAACCCCGACCAGAAGGGGAAGAUGCGCCGCAUCGACUGCCUGCGGCAGGCGGACAAGGUGUGGCGGCUGGACCUGGUCAUGGUCAUCCUCUUCAAAGGGAUCCCGCUGGAGAGCACCGAUGGCGAGCGCCUGGUCAAGUCGGGCCAGUGCACCAACCCCAUCCUCUGCGUCCAGCCCCACCACAUCAGCGUCUCCGUCAAGGAGCUCGACCUCUACCUGGCCUACUUCGUCCGCGAGAGAGAUGCAGAGCAGGGCAGCAGCCCCCGGACGGUCAUCGGCUCGGACCAGGAGGACAGCAAACCCAUCACGCUGGAUUCGACAGACUUCCAGGAAAGCUUUGUCACCUCGGGCGUGUUCAGUGUCACCGAGCUCAUCCAGGUGUCCCGAACGCCGGUGGUGACAGGCACGGGGCCAAACUUCUCCCUGGGGGAGCUGCAGGGCCACCUGGCCUAUGACCUGAACCCCUCCAGCACCGGCAUGAGGAGGACGCUGCCCAGCACCUCCUCCAGCGGGAGCAAACGGCACAAGUCGGGGUCCAUGGAGGACGACAUCGACACCAGCCCAGGGGGCGAGUACUACACCUCCUCCAACUCCCCCACCAGCAGCAGCCGCAACUGGACAGAAGACAUGGAAGGGGGCAUCUCCCCCACCGUGAAGAAGACGGAGAUGGACAAGUCCCCCUUCAACAGCCCAUCGCCCCAGGACUCCUCGCCCCGGCUGAGCAGCUUCACGCAGCACCACCGUCCCGUCAUCGCGGUGCACAGCGGUAUCGCCCGAAGCCCGCACCCGUCGUCUGCGCUGCAUUUCCCCACCACCUCCAUCCUCCCCCAGACGGCCUCCACCUACUUCCCCCACACGGCCAUCCGGUACCCGCCUCAUCUCAACCCGCAGGACCCGCUGAAAGAUCUCGUCUCGCUGGCCUGCGACCCGUCCAACCAGCAGCCCGGACCGUUAAAUGGAAGUGGUCAAGUGAAAGUGCCCAGCCACUACCUGCCCACGCAGAUGCUGGCGCCGCCACCUCCCCCCGGCAUGCCCCGCUUGGCCAUCUCUCCUGACACCAAAUCCACCACGACAACUACCGAGGGAGGGACGACCUCACCGACAUCACCCACCUACUCUGCACCAGGCACGCCCCCUGCGAACCGUUCCUUCGUGGGAUUAGGACCAAGGGAUCCUGGGAGUAUCUAUCAGGCACAGUCCUGGUACCUGGGAUAACCGCCGCCGUGCCGCCCCUUCGCCUCCCUUCUCCUCUGCUUUAGGCACCCCCAGAGGAACAUCCCCGUCCCCGAGCACCAGGCCCAGCCUUGCGGUGACGACGGAGAGCGUGGACUCACGACGACGACGACGACGACGACGACGACGACGACGACAAGCAAAACCCACACCCGAAGGAAAGAGCGAGAGAAAGGAAUAAGGAAAAGGGUCAAACUUUUUUAAAAAGGAAAACAGACAAACAAAACAACAACCCACCCCAGGAGGACCUUCCCCCCCCACCCCAGCGAUGCGCCAGAAAACAAAGAAACAGAAAGAGAAGAAAAAAAAACACUAUUAUGUGUCCCGUCGGCCGGCACCGUGCCGAGACCUGACACAACUUGUGCCAGCGAUGCCUCCCGGAGCGGCAGCGGGGCUGCGGCGCCAGAGCCCUGCCGGCCGCUCGCCGGAGGGUCGGAUAUGCAAACGGCUCUUGACUCUCUCAUUCUUGCCUCUAUGUGAGUAGAAAAGAUCAAUUCCCUCCCCCCGCCGUCCCCCCCAGCCCCAUGCAGACUCUCGGGGGGGCCCCGGGGCCGGGGUGGGGCGCGGCGGGGUUGGGGGGGCCCUUCCUGCCGCCGGUUCCCAACGGAUGCGGCCGCACUCGCCGUCGGGGCGGUGGGAUGCUCCGUGCCGUGAAAGCGCCUCGGGGAUGGGCGACGCCGUGCUGUGGUGACGCGGUGAUGCGGUGGCAUGGUGGCAGGGUGACACGGUGGCACAGUGGCCCACUCGGCUUGGCACAGCACGAGCGAGUGUCACAAGGAGGAGGGUGCUUGGGGACAUGGAGGGUGCGUGGGCACGGACGGAGGAGGGUCGUGGUGGUGGUGGCACCCCGAUUCCCGCGGGGACACGGUUUGGGGACGCUCCCACCACGGCCCCAGCGGGACCCGGCCUGCCACCGUCGGGCCAUGACAUCGGUCACGCCGCGGCACCGGUCACCGUCUCUCUGCAAUGCCUUCCUCGCCCCCCAGCGUGCACCGGCCCCUGGCCCCACGUGUCCCCACGCGUGUCCCUGUGUCCCCCUGCGUGUCCCCACGCGGGGGGGGGGGGCGGUCCGCGGGGGCGUGCGUCCGUGUGUCUGAGCUAUGCAUUCCUGUGGACAGGUACCAGGUGGAUGGCGAGGAGAGGGUGCGCUCGUGUUGCACAUUUUGUAGGAAAUGCACUUUUAAGAGGGAAUCGUCAAAAAAAAAAAAAAAAAAAAAAAAAAGAAAGAAAAGAAAAAGAAGAAAAGGAGAAAAGAAAAAAAAAAUCACAAAAAAAGGAGGAGGAGAAGGAGGAGGAAGAGGAGGAGGAGACGGAGCCCCCGGCACUGGCUUGCUGGGAUGGCUGGUUUGGGGUUUUUGGUUUUUUUUUUUUUUUUUUUUUUAAAAAUACAAAAGGAUGGAGGAAAGGAGCCUGAGUGAGGCCGAGGGCAGAGCCAGCCCCACGGAGCCCCCAGCCCCACGGAGCCCCCGGCCCCACAGAGCCCCCGGCCCCGCGUCAAGUGCCUGAACUGCAGCGGGGAGGGGUCCCGGCACCCCCGGAGGAGCCCCCGGCUGGGGACCGCACUGGAGGAAGCACCCGGCUGUCCCCGUCUCACGCGAUGGCAGCGUGGCCGGGAAGAGGACGCGGGGACAUGGCAGUGCCUUAGAGCAGAGCGACCCACGCGGCGGCCGAGGCGAGGAGGAGGAAGGUGACGAAGGCUCCCGACGUCUCCAGCGAGAUAGUGGCGGCCACGGAGGAGCCAGGUCCCAGGCGUGUCCCCAAGGGGACCCCACACCCCAGGGGACACCCCACGGGUGAUGACGGAGAGAAGCCACCGUGGGAUGUCCGGGAGCAGGGGACGUCAUCGAGGCCACUGCCGCCACCCGCCUGACCCCCUCCCCUGGCACCCAGAGCUGCCCCGUGGACCACCGGCAUCGCAGCCCCCGUCCCACUGGCCACCCCGCUCCC